AAUCUGGUAUAAUGCAUACAUUUUUUUGACUGCAUUCUCGCGUGUGUCUGAGCGAACGUCUUUCCUUUCGUCCAACUUUGACUUUACGUGACGUCACAAAUUCAACCCGUCCAAAAUGUAUAGUUCAUCUUGAACCAAGUCAACGACGAAUGUCGGGACGAAGGCACUGGUGUUUGUAAGCUUCUCUGUACGUUCGUUUGUUUGUUUGUUUGUUUGUUUGUUUCCAAUCCUUGAACAAUUCUGACGGGGUGACGUCAUACCACUUAAACCCGUCAAAGAUAUGACAUGAAAUCAUGGACAAAACAAGUCCAAAUGAUGUGUCUGUUGGGACAGGCGUAGACGUGACGUCAAACGCCCUCCUCUCCACUCCCCUCCCCUCCUCUCCUCUCCUCUCCUCCCGCGGUCACGUGAUACUUGACAGUCGUUCUGUCCGCAUCCCCGACGCCGGUCUCUCUCUCCGCCCGCAUCUGCACAGGCUCACGUUGAUCACCAAUCAUGAACAAGGUGGAGGCCCACGUCGUCGCUCCCGGUGUCCCGUCGUCUCCCGCCACCGUUGCCAUCAUGGCACGCGUGGAUGAGCUGGCGGUGGCGUACCGCGACCUGGCGGCCAUUCCCCGUGACAAAGCCAUCCUGCAGGUGGAGCGACCUGACCUCAUGACCUACCAGCCUCACCUCAGCUUCUCGCCGCUGGACCCGCCGCGCAGACAGCGCUCUCUGUCUCCGCCCGCCACCUCGCCGGCCAUGUCUCCGGAGGCCAAAGGGCGGCGAGCGGAAAGUGACGGCGGCUCCCCCGGAGGCUCCACGCUGCAACUGCACGCCGGACGCAAAGUCGGCACCGGCCUGCAGCACUUCCACCGGCCAGAUAACGAGAGCAACAUCUACACAAAGCCUCCCAUCUAUAAACAAGGUGAGUUUUUUUCUUCUUCUUCUUCCUUUUGCCGUCUCCCACACUGUGGGUCCGCCUCGCAACGUUGUCCAGCAGAAGCUUCCAAACUGGGUGGCGGCGGCGUCAUCCAAGCGGCCAAGUUCCCCGCCGCUCAGCCCCCCGACCCCACGCAGCCGUCCAAGAUAGAGACUGACUUCUGGCCCUGCCCCCCAUCGCUGGCCGCCAUGGAAAUCGAGUGGCGCAAGAAGAAAAUGGAGCAAGCGGAGGACAAUGUUGAGGAGCUGAGCGACGAAAGCCAGGAGCUGGAAAAGAUCAAGUCCAACUUGGGUCGCCUGAUCCUGCGCCAGGAAAAGGCGGAGACAGGCGUCAACCCGGGCUUGGUGCGGAAGAAGGCCGAGCCGGCGCACCCGCCGCACGCCGGCGAGAGCCCAGGCCUGUCUGGCGGCGCGUCUCGAUCGCCGUCGCGUUCCGCCUCCGGGCUGAGCAGAAGACAGUCGGCCGAAUUUUCCGCCGCCGCCGACGAGGCAGUGGCACAGAACGGCGAGCCGCAGCGCCAUCUUGGUCUGGACCGCGGCACAUCGCUGCCCAGCAUCUUGGAGCGCAAGGUGUAUCCCUACGAAACGCUGCUGGUGACCCACAGGGGGCGCUGCAAACUUCCUCCCGGAGUGGACCGAACCCGACUGGAGAGACAUCUGGACCCUCAGCAGUUCCCCCAAGUUUUCGGAAUGAGCGCCUCGGAAUUUGAGCGCCUGUCGCUCUGGAAACGGAACGAACUCAAGAAGAAGGCCUCGCUCUUCUGAGAGGAAGUGACGUCACGGUCACGCCGGAAAAAUGACGCUCACAUACACGCGUACGCAGAGCUUGCCAUGCGCGCGCACCCACCCACGCACGCACGCACGCAAACAUGCCCUCAACGCCGAUGCUUACAGCUGUCAUGUGAACGCGCGUUGACAUAUACCGUACAGAAUGCUCGCGAAGUGAUGGGUUGCCAUGGCGCACGUGACAUCAUCACUCCGCAAAGGAGCAAGAGGAAGUGGCGGCCGCAGCCCAAAACGCCCGACGUCUCGCCACUUUGACAUUUUUUUUCUGCUAGUGGACUCUCCCGAUAUGCGUCUCUGUAAUAAAGACAAGAAAUCACAACAA